GCCGUCAGAGUAGACAAUUCAAUCAUCAAUGAUUUGAAAACCACGAGAUUUGGUCUUCGGAGCUGAUUGGGGAUUUUUUUUCCGCUCUCUGUGCAAAUCAUCCAGACAGCGACGCACCUUACGACGAUCUCACAGCCUCCGAAAUCCCUAACUUUCUCUAUCUAAACUUUGGCAUUUUUUAAAAUUUCGUCUGUGGAUUUCUCAAUUCGCCCCUAGGUUUGUCGCCGGAUUGAUCAAAGUCUCUGUAAUCGUUAUUCGGCAUCGCCUCUGAAUCAGUGUUUUAGUAGCUGUGCAAGCUCUGGGUCGACUCAGUGAUUCAGAUUUCGGUUUUACUUCAGCGAGUUCAUGUCGUCUUUUGUGGUAAUUGAGGAUGGUUUGAUGAAUUUUUGAGUUGGUGGUGUAAUUGAAUCAUGGGAAGUGGUGAGAUGGACAAACCCACGAAAGAGAUGAAGGAGACAAAGGAGUCGAAGACACCUACAACACAGGAGCAGUCUUCGACUACAAGCACUGGCACUGUUAAUCCAGAGUGGUCUGGUUUCCAGGCAUACUCUCCUAUGCCUCCCCAUGGGUUCUUGGCAUCGAGUCCUCAAGCCCACCCCUACAUGUGGGGAGUUCAGCAUCUUAUGCCGCCCUAUGGUACGCCGCCACACCCAUAUAUUGCAAUGUAUCCCCAUGGUGGGAUGUAUGCUCACCCAUCUAUGCCUCCAGGAUCUUAUCCUUUCAGUCCUUUUGCUAUGCCUUCUCCUAAUGGCAUUGCUGAUGCUUCUGUUAGUGCACCUGGCAGCAUGGAAAUGGAUGCCAAGUUAUCUGAGGGGAAGGAAAAACUGCCCAUCAAGAGAUCUAAAGGAAGUUUGGGCAGUUUGAAUAUGAUUACUGGCAAAGAUAAUGAACCGGGCAAAACCUCAGGUGCAUCUGGUAAUGGGGUCUAUUCUAAAAGUGCUGAAAGUGCAAGUGAUGGGUCAAGCGAAGGAAGUGAUGCAAAUUCUCAAAAUGACUCGCAAAUGAAAUCAGGAUGCAGGCAAGAUUCUUUGGAAGCCGAAACAUCACAAAAUGGCAGGGCUGGGCAUGGUUCUCAGAAUGGAGGUCCAAACAUACCUCAUACGAUGGUGAACCAAACAGUGUCCAUCGUGCCAGCAGGUGUUUCUGGUCCCGCCACAAACUUGAAUAUUGGUAUGGACUACUGGGGUGCUGCAACUUCACCCACUCUUCCUGCUCUGCGUGGAAAGGUACCUUCUGCUCCAGUUGCAGGGGGAAUGGUCACUGCUGGAUCACGGGAAAGUGUUCAAUCACAGCUUUGGCUACAGGAUGAAAGAGAGCUUAAAAGACAGAGAAGGAAGCAGUCCAACAGAGAAUCCGCUCGCAGAUCGAGGUUGCGAAAGCAGGCAGAAUGUGAUGAGCUGGCCCAACGUGCCGAAGCCUUGAAGGAUGAAAAUGCAACUCUUAGAUCAGAAUUGAGUCGCAUUAGGAGCGAGUAUGAUCAGCUUCUUGCACAGAACGCUUCUCUUAAGGAGAGACUUGGAGAAGUUCCUGGGCAAGACGACUCUAGGCCCGGCAGGCUUGACCAACGUUUGGGCAAUGACACUCAACAGUCUGGGCAAACAGAGCUUGUGCAGGGUGGUCAAUGAAGUUCCAGCUGCCUUGCUGCUCAAUGAUUUCAAGGGCUUAACCUAACUUAUUAAUAUCAGGAAGUCCUUUUACUUAACAUGUAGUUUUGAAUUCGAUAAAGCUGACCCUUUGUUAGUCUCAGGAUAUGUUUAUCUAUUUCCAUAGUAUCUGGCCUAUCUUUUAAAGGUCUAGAACCCAGGUGUUAUGUAGAGCUGCUUCCGUGUUGUUCACUUAAUUUUCAUUUAAAAUGGGUAGUAUUUGGUUUAUUUAAACAAUGUAUUAAUAGCGGUUGAUGAAUAUGCUAUACUGAGAGAUUGAAUAGACUAUGAAAUUCUGGAUGUGAUGUACAAUUUUUUAUGCU